CGUCCCCGCUAUGGCACGACGACCACCACCGACACGUCCAACGCACGCGCAACUGAGCCCGCCUCACCCCAACAACCAAAACAACAACCACCACAACACCACCACCACCUUCGUCCCACGCAGCACACCCCACGCACCACCCCCAACAUGCCCUCGACAACGCACGCCCCCCUCACGCUCAAGCAAGCAAAAUCCCUCCACCGCGCCGGCCCCGCAGGCCCGAGCUCUCAAGACCUCCGCCGCCUCGCGCGCCAAGCCGAGCUCGACCGCCGCGCGGCCGCGAUCAAGGAACGCGAGUUAAAGAGGAAGGACGCAAAGAAGAAGAGACUUAAGCGCGAGGAACGCGAGCGCGACGCUAGGAAAGGCAUUGGUGUUGGUUUUGCGACGCAGAGGUGCGGUUGGAAUGUCGAGAUGAGGGGGAUGAAGGGGUUUUUGGAGGGGUGGGUGGGCGUUGGGCGGGGGAAGGAGGGGGGUGAAGGGAAGAAUAGUGUGGGGGAGGGGAAAGAGGAGAGCUGGUGGCGCUCGAGCAGUCCGUUGAGGGCGGAGGGGCAGGACGAGGACGAGGUCGUGGCUGUUGAUGCGCGAGAGCCGGUCGUGACUGAGGUCGGGCUGGGAGGCAUUGGCGCGGCAGCACCGUCUCCGAACGACGCGGACACGUGCAGAGCACCCCGCCAGACGAAGCCGCUGCCUACUUCGACGCCGGCUACGCUAUUGAAAAAGUCGAAAGAGGAAAAAGAGCAGGAGCAAACCGGCCUGAACCUUAACCUCGACCACGACACCAGCAACGACAAAGCCAUCACCAACAACUACAUCAACAUCAACGCCGACACCGACAACGAUCUCCCAACCGCCCCUCCCCCUCUUUCUCAUCAAAAUGGCACCUCGACGCACACACCACCGCCGCCAUCAUCAGCCCUGCAUGACACACGCGCCCUCGUCACCCUCACGCAAUCCUCUGACCCCUUCAGCAGCGACACGCUCGACGACGCGACGCUGCUCCAAGCGCUCGAGGACGGGCUCUCCCGAUCACGGUCACGGCCACGGUCACAGACGUGCAACCCGGCCGCACGCCCCGACGCGAGCAAGCCUUACCACGAUGUGCAUCAAUCUCCGGCCCCCUGCGUCCAGAGCCAUAGCGGUAACGGGAAUGAUAGCGCAAGGGGAAAUAAGCGUUGCCAAUCCGGAAGUGGAAACGGAAGUGGUAGUCAUGAGAGCGCUCACAAGUGGCCUCAGCGCACGUCGGCUGUCUGCGAUCGACAGGGCGCCCGCACGUCCACCACGUGGCCGUGCACGCCCCCGCCUCCUCUCCCUGUGCCAUUGCCGUCUUCUCCCGCAUUGGCAUCGGCGGCGGCGUCGUCGUCAUCUUCGGCGCGCAAGCGACGUCGCAUUGAGCGCGAGCAUUGCGAGCAUUGCGGGCAUUGCGGCCCUUGCGGCCACAGCGGCCAAAGGUUACCGUUUACCGAGGCUCUGGCUGAGGCUGCCGAGGGGGAUCGUCCUCGGUUGGAAAGAGCUAAAUGGCGAGGGCUUGCCGAAGGGGCGGAUCGCCGCGUUGGUGCUGCUGCUGUUGCUGCUGAUAGCGGGAAUAAGAGUGGUGGCUUCGGUAAUGGCAGUGGCAGUGGCGGCGAAGGGGGUGGUAGUACUGUUGGUGGUGGUGUAGGUGGAGGGGUCGGUGAUUUUUGUGGUGUUGACGAAAAAGAAGAUGAUGAUGAGGACGAAGACGACUGGGCCGCCCUCCUCGACAGCAAUUCGCAGAUUGAGCGCGAGCUUGCUGCUGCUGCUUCGCCUCUACCUCCUCGUCCUUCUCCAUUGGCAACACCACAACAGCCACCUGCACCCGCACCUGUACCUGUGCCUGCGCCUGCGCCUGUGUCUGCAUCUACGUCCGCACCACUGCAGCCGCUGUCGCCCCUGCUGAUGCUCUCGACCCAGGACCUCGCGUUCUCGACUCAAGAGGCUGCGGAGCUGGAGGCGCCGGGUGUGGGUGUGGAUGGGAAUAGGGAUAGGCGUAUUGCACCAUCGCCGCCUUCUCGGCCUCUUCCGCUUCCGCCGCGUCAUGGUCAUGGUCAUGGUCAUGGUCAUGGUUAUGGCAGACAGCAAAAGGCGGAGGCGUUGCCGGCAGCUUGUGCGCUAGCAUCUGCUAAGGCGGGGACGAGGGACGGACGGACUGCGACGAUGAAGACUGCGAAGACGGCGGCAGCGAAGGAGGGGGGUGGCGGCUGUGGAGGCGGGAAUGGAUAUGGAUAUGGAAGCGGAGGCGGGGGUGGGGGUUGGAGUGGGAGUGAAUCGUCGCAGUCGCUGUCGCAGCGGAAAAGGAAGAGAGGGUCUGUGAUUGCGUUUGCGCCGCUGCCGCUUGUGCGUGUGGGCGGGGGUGGGAAUUGGAACGGGAACAAGAACGGCGCAGGACCGCUACUGGGUUCUCGUCGACCGCCGCCGCCAAUGUCGAAGCCAAACCCAAAGCUAGCGCCAACACCGAAACCGAAGCCAAUGCCUCCUCGUUCGCCGCUGCUGGAGAAGAGCGGGAAUGCGCAAGGGUGUACGUCUGUGUCUAUGUCUAGACCUGGGAGUACAGGACUCCACUCUAAGCCUACGCUUAGACUUGGGCCAGGUACGGGGUCUAGGGUUAGGCAGUACAACAAGCCUGUCUCCAACGGCAGCAGCAGCAGCAGCAACAGUCCGCUGACGAGAACGCACGUGUACACGCAGGCGAGCGUGAGAAGGCUGGGUGCGGGUACGGGUAUAGGACAGUUGCCGCUGGUGCGUGGGGGGGCUGAGCACUUGCUGCAGCAGGGUCAGCAGCAGAAACAGCAGAGUCAGCAGCAGCAGCAGCAGCCACGUGUACACGCAGGCGAGCGUGAGAAGGCUGGGUGCGGGUACGGGUAUAGGACAGUUGCCGCUGGUGCGUGGGGGGGCUGAGCACUUGCUGCAGCAGGGUCAGCAGCAGAAACAGCA